AUGAAUGCCAGAGGACUUGGAUCUCAGCUAAAGGACAGUAUUCCAGUUACUGAACUUUCAGCAAGUGGCCCUUUUGAAAGUCAAGAUCUUCUUCGGAGAGGAUUUCCUUGUGUGAAAAAUAAACUUUUUCCUAGUCAUCCUCUUGAAUUAUCAGAAAAGAAUUUCCAGCUCAACCAAGAUAAAAUGAAUUUUUCCACAUUGAGAAACAUCCAGGGUCUGUUUGCUCCACUAAAAUUACAGAUGGAAUUCAAGGCAGUGCAGCAGGCUCAGAAGCUUCCAUUUCUUCUGAGCUCAAACUUUUCACUGAAUAUUUUGCAGGGUAAUGCUAAGACUAUUGGAUUUGAAGAUAUUCUUAAUGAUCCAUCACAAAGUGAAGUAAUGGGAGAACCACACUUGAUGGUUGAACAUAAACUUGGUUUACUGUAACACAGUUGUGCUGUUAAUGAAAAUAGGGACUGCAUCUUGUUUAUAGUUGUCUUUCUACUAUAAUUUGAUGUAUACAACAUUAAAAGUACUGACACA